AUGUCGGAUAGAUAUACUCGUUUAGAAAAGUUGGGCGAAGGAACUUACGCAACAGUUUAUAAAGGAAGAGAUCGCAGUACAAAUGAAACAGUUGCUUUAAAAGAAAUACAUUUAGACACUGAAGAAGGAGCGCCCUCAACAGCCAUUCGUGAAAUCUCUUUAAUGAAAGAGUUGAGACAUCCAAACAUUGUAAAGUUACUAGACGUAAUUCACACAGAAAAUAAGUUGAUGCUUGUUUUUGAAUACAUGCAUCAAGAUCUUAAAAAGUACAUGGAUACCAAUGGAAUAAACGGUGCAUUAGAUCCACUGACAAUCAAACGAUUCAUGUAUCAAAUGUUAUUAGGGAUAGAUUUUUGUCAUGAAAAUAGAGUUUUACAUCGUGAUCUAAAGCCUCAAAAUCUUUUAAUAAAAGAUAACGGAAACCUUUUAAAAUUAGCAGAUUUUGGUUUGGCAAGAGCUUUCGGGAUCCCAGUCACAACCUUUUCAAAUGAAGUUGUAACGCUAUGGUAUCGUUCACCAGAUGUGUUAUUGGGUUCGCGCACCUAUUCCACUUCAAUUGAUAUAUGGUCAGCUGGUUGCAUCAUGGCAGAAAUGUAUACCGGCAGACCUUUAUUCCCAGGAACAACAAACGACGAUCAAUUGGUAAAGAUUUUUAAGACAAUGGGCACACCACCAGAAUCCAUUUGGAAAGGGUUAGUAACUUAUCCUGAACAUUUGAAACGGUAUCCUACUUAUCCACAACAAGAUUUGAAACAAAUGAUCCCGAUAAUUGAUAAUAUUGGUUUAGAUUUGUUAAGCAAAAUGUUGGUUUAUGAUCCUGAUCAAAGAAUCACAGCAAAAAGUGCAUUAAGUCAUGUUUAUUUUACAAUCCCUAACAAUAAUAAUAUGAGAUUCACAAAUCCAAAUAGUGUUGGUGGUGGUAUGCCUUUACAACUAAAUACGAUGCCACAACAACACACACAUGGUGUAAAUAUGCAGUCAAUCAAUCUACAAAAUCUACAAUUACUAUCAUCAGCAGCAGGUGUUAACAUGUCAACAGCAAUGCCUCUACAACAAAAUGUUAUUCAACCAAUCAUGACUGUACCUCCACCUCAAAUCAUUCCAGCUCCACCAAUGGCUCCAGUACAACAAUUGUUAAAUCUUCCAUCUAAUAGUGCAUCAAUUCCUCCACCUUUGAGACAUCAGACAAGAAGGCAAACAUAUGAUUCGUAUGGUAUUGAUUAA